CGCCUCGCCUCCUGGGACCUGUGGUACCGGCCCGACAUGGACGGGCGCUUGGCCGCGCAGGGCCGCCGCGACAUGGAGUACCUGGCCCGGCGCCUGGCCGCCCGCUUCCCCGCCCUCAUCUCGCCGCGCCGCCGCGCCGCCUUCCUCAGCAGCUCCAAGCACCGCUGCGUGGAGAGCAGCGCCGCCUUCCGCCAGGGGCUGCCCCCUGCCCCAGAUAUGGAGAACCAAGUGCUUGAAAUUAAUGAUAAAUUAAUGAGGUUCUUUGAUCACUGUGAGAAGUUCAAAACCUGUAUAGAAGAGAACAGAACAGCUUUGCAUCAAGUGGAUGCCUUCAAAAAUGGUUCCAAGAUGCAAAACGUUUUGGAAAAAACUGCUAAUACCUUAUGUCUACCAGUGAAUGAGUUGAAUGCAGAUCUGAUUCAAGUGGCUUUUUUCACCUGUUCGUUUGAGUUGGCUCUUAAGAAUGUGACCUCUCCUUGGUGUUCAAUCUUUGAUGAAGAAGAUGCUAAAGCUCUCCCAAGAUCCACUAAUGUGAUUUAUCAAGCUCAUCAUGUCAGCAGGAGUAAGAGAGGACAAAUUGUGGGUACGAGAGGUGGAUUUCGAGGCUGCACAGUUUGGCUAACAGGUCUUUCUGGUGCUGGUAAGACAACCAUUGGCUUUGCUCUGGAAGAGUAUCUGGUGUCCCAUGGCAUUCCUUGCUACUCUCUGGAUGGAGAUAAUGUUCGGCAUGGCCUAAAUAAAAAUUUGGGUUUCUCAACUGAUGACCGAGAAGAAAAUAUCCGACGUGUUGCUGAGGUUGCCAGGCUUUUUGCGGAUGCUGGUCUUGUGUGCAUAACUAGUUUCAUUUCCCCUUUUACAAAGGAUCGUCGAAAUGCAAGGAAAAUUCAUGAAAUUGCUGGACUUCCCUUCUUUGAAAUCUUUAUAGAUGCUCCUCUAAAUAUCUGUGAAAGCAGGGAUGUGAAAGGUCUUUACAAAAAAGCAAGGGCUGGAGAAAUCAAAGGAUUCACUGGGAUUGACUCAGAAUAUGAGAAACCAGAACAUCCUGAUCUAGUAUUGAAAACUAAUACUUCUACAGUGAAUGACUGUAUUCAGCAGGUUGUAGAGUUGCUACAAGCACAAAACAUUGUUCCCAAUACUGCAAUUAGGGAUGUUCUUGAAUUGUUUGUACCUGAAAAUAAGAUUGACAUGGCUCGUGCAGAAGCUAAUGCACUGCCUGCUCUGGAGAUUACCAAGUUAGACCUACAGUGGGUCCAAGUUCUGAGUGAAGGUUGGGCCACACCACUGAAGGGAUUUAUGCGUGAGAUUGAAUACUUGCAAGUGAUCCAUUUUGGGACUCUGCUGAAUGGAAAGGGUACAUGCGGUAUGUCUGUAGUUGAUGGUGUAAUUAAUCUGAGCAUUCCCAUUGUGCUGCCCAUUUCAACGGAAAAUAAGAAACGGCUGGAAGGAUGCACUGAAUUCACACUUGAGUACAAUGGGCGGAAGGUGGCUAUCCUCAAAAACCCAGAGUUCUACGAACAUAGGAAAGAGGAGCGCUGUGCACGUGUCUGGGGAACGACCUGUGCAAAACACCCGCAUGUCAAAAUGGUGAUGGAAAGUGGGGAUUGGUUGGUUGGUGGAGAUCUUCUUGUGCUAGAGAGAAUAAAGUGGAAUGAUGGACUGGAUCAAUACCGCCUGACACCUUUGGAGCUGAAACAGAAGUUUAAAGAAAUGAAUGCUGAUGCAAUAUUUGCAUUUCAGCUGCGCAACCCUGUUCACAAUGGACAUGCUCUGCUCAUGCAGGAUACCAAACGCCAUCUGCUAGAAAGAGGCUACAAACAUCCUGUGCUUCUCCUGCAUCCUCUUGGAGGGUGGACCAAAGAUGAUGAUGUGCCACUUGAGUGGCGAAUGAAGCAGCAUGCGGCAGUGCUUGAGGAAAAUGUCUUAGAUCCAAAGGGAACUGUGGUUGCAAUCUUCCCUGCACCCAUGCUAUAUGCUGGUCCAACAGAGGUUCAGUGGCACUGCAGGGCUCGAAUGAUUGCUGGAGCCAAUUUCUACAUUGUGGGUCGCGACCCUGCAGGCAUGCCUCAUCCAGAGACCAAGAAAGACCUGUAUGAGCCAACACAAGGAGGAAAGGUCCUUAGCAUGGCACCAGGCCUGACAUCUGUGGAGAUCAUUCCCUUCAGAGUUGCAGCAUACAAUAAAGUAAAAAAAGCCAUGGUUUUCUAUGACCCAGAAAGGAACAAUGAAUUUGAUUUCAUCUCUGGAACACGCAUGAGAAAGCUUGCUCGGGAAGGUGAAAAUCCACCUGAUGGAUUCAUGGCUCCAAAAGCUUGGAAAGUCUUGACUGAAUACUACAGAUCACUUGAAAAAAAAUAAUUCUUCUUUACAUCAAAAAUACUGCUAUUAAGCGUGAGCACUGUCUUGUUGAUUUACUAUAUUAUAGACCAGUUACUUUGCAAUUUGUAACUGGGUCAAAUUAUUUUUGCUAAUUAGAAGUAUUUUGGGCCUAAUCCUCCUCCCUCUGAAGCUACUGUAAAUUUUCACUUCAAAGGGAAAACAUGGCUCUAAUUAAUUGAUGAUUGUCCAAUCCCACAUUCAGAUUGGCUAGUUGGAACUUUCUGGUCAGGUAACAGUGGUGCACCCAACUCCAAGACUGCUCAGUCAAGAUGCAGUCACGAGCAUACAGAUAUGUAUGCUCUAGGCAAUUUAAGAUUGUUGCUGUUUUUAACAUGCCUCCUAUUUCUCUUGUUUACCACUUCCCACCCUGAUAUCUUUCUGUUAUUUUUUAGUUCCUUCUAUUUUUUCUCCACAUGGUCUCUUCAGUCUAGAAAUUGACUGUUGUCUACUGCAGCUCUAAUUUGAGCUUUGAACAGAAGAAUACAAUCUGAACUCCACAGCUGAGCGGCAUAAGAAGGUUGAAGGGAGAAGUGGUGCUUCAGCUUUGAGGUUUUGUUUGAGAGCUUCCAUUGGCAUUUCUCCUCCCAGCCCAGAACAUGCUUUCACUGUAGCAAGCUGCACUAGAAAGGGCAUAUAGAUUUUAGAGCUAGGUACAGACAUUCAAAAACCCUGAGGCAGAAUCAAUCUUUACACUGUUUUCUGUAAAUGGUGGUUUAGUUCGGUAGCAAACAGAGCACACAUUCACCCUUUGUUUGUGGGGGGGUCAGGGGGGAGGCCAAAUCUUAAACCAGAUUCUGCUAUUUUUAAACCAAUCUUUGCAUGCCGAACUUCUGUUCUGUUACAGGUAUAGACUGGUUUCCAAUCACUUAUACCAGUAAAACUGUACUGUCUGUAUCUGGCCUAAAUACCUCUGAUGAAACUGUUUUACACCACUGUUUCCUCUGACCUGAGUGCCAUUAUUCUCAAUUCACACUGGCAUCAUUUUGAGAAUCUGAUUUUGAAAUGCUCACAUUUUGGAUUUGUGCAUCCAAUUCCCGUUCAAUAUACUAGAUAUAUAGAGUCAAGAUAGCUUUAAAUUGUCUCUUUUACCCUCCUCAGUGUGUGAAGCUAGUUCUUCUUUGUAGCCACUUUCAACUAGCAGAAAAACUAAUUUGGGCAUAUAUAUUAUUUCCAGAUUCUAAUAGAAAAUAGAAACUGAAACUUGGGUUACCAAGUGUAUCUGAAAGGGCAUUUGGGUUCCCUGAAGACCAGAUAUCAUGCUGGCUGAAUACCAGAGAAUCCUAGAAAAAUGACUUUGCCAUCUUAUGUUAACUGUAAAAACAGUUAACAUAAGGUGGUGUUUAUUAUCCUCGCCCUUGCUUUCUCCCUUCUACCAUGAAGUAGUUUCCAUAGGGGAAGAUUGAGCAGCUCUCCUCAGCUCAGGUCAGGACAGAUACAUUGUUAACAUUUUAAACCAUUUUUCUCAGAUACACUUUAACCAUAGUUAACUGCUUCAGGGUCCACAUAGUUAGGAUAUUGUCAUAGUUACAUUCCUUUCCGUUCAAUGCUCAACAUGCACAUAAAUGAUGGAUUAAUUGUUUAUUUAGGCACACCCUACAGCAACAAAAACACUUUAGGUCCAAUGGACUGGGGAACAGGUGAGGAGAAGCUGGAAGAGGUUGCAUCUAGAGAGGACAGACCAUGAGGAUGGCAGAUUGGUAAAAUGCCUGUGUUUCUUAAAAUGAUGGAAGUAUACAUUGGUUUCUGUUACUUGAACAGUAGUGGUUAGGAUCCUCAGGUGCCACUAGACUGAGAUUUGGAGGUUCUCCAUCCAGAUUAGACAGAAAGAUGAGCCAACAUCUUUUGGACAUAGACUUUGCCACCAUGACAAGUACUUUUUUGCCGCCUUAUAAUUACUGCUGUUAACUCUAGCAAGGGCUACACAAUAAAUCCACCUGAAAACUGAAGUUGGUGUAGACUGCUGCUCCUUUGCUGGUGAAACAGUGUUUCCUGGGUACAUUAUAAGUCCUCCUAUCUGCAUUAACUGCCAGUGUGUUUCUUGAUAAUUUAAGAUGUUGGCUUAGAUCUAAAAUGCUCUGGGAAGCUUGGAACCGUUCCAGAUGAGAAAACAUCUAUUCCCUGCUCUAUACUGCUAUAUUUUCAGUCAGCAAAGGUACUUCCCCUUAGUUUAGGAAAGAGACCCACUGGAAAUAUUUUCUUAUGAAAAACCUUAGUCUUUGGAACUCUCUACUUCUGUCUCCAAUUUGCCCAGAUCUGUUGACUAUUAAAACAAGGCCUGAAGCCAUCGACUUCCCUGGGCUUCCAGGCAGAAAGAAGCAUGAUAAAAGACUGGUUAGCAUUCACUGGAAGUUUACUACCUCUAUAACGAUGACAUUGUACUUUUAAUUUUCUAGGGGGAGUAUACACACUACUGCACCAACUAUUGUAAAUUGUUUUGGUCAUCAGCCUUGCAGAUUUAUACAACUUUGUCAAAACGGCUUAAUGGGUAUCUAAAAACUGGACAACAAUGUGUUGUUAUCAAUGAACUUGGAAGAGCUUGCUCCUCUUCUGUAUUGCAGUUUUAAGUACAGAUGGAUCUAUAUACAGGAAAACACAUGUGCUUCUGCUUCUAAUUUAGUUUAGUAACAUGUAUUUUAAGUGAAAUUGUUUUGCUGUGGCCAUUGUGCAAUGUACAAAAAAACUACAGGAGAAAUUGGAAAUGUUAUCUUAAAGUAUUUUAGUUAAUUAUUUCCAGUAGUUUAUGCUUUUAAAAAUCUAUAAUAAGGAACCAAAAACUGUAUCAUACCUCAAGAAAAUAAAUACUACAAAUGCAACAUUAGUAGCUGAAAGUAUAUUAACAAUAGUGCUUUUUAUAUUCAGGCCCUCUGGCAGGGACCUAAAAGACAAAUUAAUACUCCAAUUUUUAAUUUUAAUAUUUCACAUUUUAAAUAAUGCUUUUGCAUUUAAUCUGAAUUCAAACAAGCCAAUGAAAAUGCAGUAAAUCCUAAUGGUUACAGCAAAACAUAUAUGUUUAUUAUCCCUUUAAAAUGAGUAGAAUAACUGAUUACCUCUGAUUAAAAUAGAGUACAUUCAGUACUAGCAUUGUAUAGUGUAUUUAUUAAAGACAUCAGACUGGAAUUUGUGCCUUAACUGAUGCAUCUCAUGAUUUAAUAUAUUCUGAAUUUGGUACUCUAAUAUUAAACACUCAAUUUUAGUAUGAAUAAAUAUUUUUAUGUAUAACUAA